AUGUCAUCCAACCACACAAUGUCCCAACUGCCAGCCUUUCUCCUGCUUGGGAUACCCUGGAGAGAAGAUAUCCACAAGUGGCUCUCUAUCCCCUUCUUCUUUCUCUACCUUGCAGCUGCUCUAGGCAAUGGUGCCAUCCUUGUGGCAGUGGCCCGGAAUCCAUCACUCCGUGAACCCAUGCAUUGUUUUCUCUCUAUGCUUGCUGUCACUGACCUGGCAUUAUCAGGUACCACACUGCCUACUACAUUAGGAUUGCUGUGGUUUGGUAUCAGUCAGGUGGCCUUUGAUGUCUGCUUGGCUCAAAUGUUUUUCAUUCAUGUUGCCUCAGUGGCAGAGUCAUCAGUGCUGCUAGCCAUGGCAGUAGACCGAUGGGCUGCCAUUGCCUGUCCACUGCGGUAUUCUGCUCUCUUAACUCACCGAGUGGUUGCAAGGGUGGGAGUGGCUGUGCUGGUCCGCUCAGCUCUCACAUUGCUACCACUACCAUUCUUGUUGCUCAGGCUGACUUAUAAUGAUCAACGGAAGCUUACCCACUCCUUCUGUUUCCACCCAGAUAUCAUGAAGCUGGCACGUAAUGAAACUGAGAUCAAUGUUCACUAUGGUCUCUUUGUUAUCUUGUCUACAGCUGGUAUUGACUCAGUCCUCAUCAUUCUCUCCUACAUCCCUAUAGCAAGAGUGAUUCUGGGCCUCGGGUCAUGGGGAGAGAGAAUGCGGGCAGCAGGUACCUGUGUAAGCCACGUGGCUGCUGUCCUAGUCUUUUUUGUGCCCAUGAUUGGACUUUCAGUUAUGCAUCGUUUUGGGAGUCAUGGUCCAUUGCCUCUGGCCUUGGUGGCUUACACCUACCUCCUGGUGCCACCUGCUCUCAACCCUGUUAUCUAUAGUAUCAAGUGUCAGUGCAUCUGGAAGACUCUGCUUAGGUUCUGCUUCUACCAGCCUGGAGUCCCCAGGUGGCCAUCAUCUCCUCAUCCCAUCAACACUGGACACAAGUCUCCCUCAAUUACCUGCUCCCGGAGAUACUCUGUUCGGAUAAUGCAAAUGGAGUCCCCACCCUUGGAGAGUUCCCAGUCUGAUGAAACAGACAUUGGUCUAGUCUUUGGAGAUGCUCCAGUAUGAUGGGGGUAUAUGUGAGCUAGAUUCAAUGUUAAUA